CGUUAUUGUCAGUAGUAAAUUCGAAUCCAUCUUUACUGUACAAAUUUCGACUGAGGAUAACUACCCCUUUUCAAAGAUACCUAAAUCGUUUGAAGCGAAUGGUAAAAAACAAAGCAAGGGUAGAAGGAUCUAUCGCUAAUGCAUAUAUUGUGAGAGAAGCAUCUCAUUUUUGUUCGCAUUACUUUGAAGAUCAUGUUUGCACUCGACUACACAUUGUACCGCGUAAUGAUGAAGGAGAUGUUCCUGCAGCCAUCGAAAGUAACCUAAGCAUUUUCCAAAGCGCAGGAUGCCUAAGCGGUAAGACGAAAAAGCGAAGACUUUCUGAUGAUGAGUUAAAGGCGCUGCAUCAUUACCUUAUGCUAAAUAGUGUCGAGAUUGAACCAUUCAUUGAGAAAUAUGUCGAUUCAUUACGUGACUCAAAUCCUGACAUUACAAAUGAGGCUUUACAUCUACAAAUGGAAGAAAGUUUUGCAUCAUGGUUUGAAAAACAUGCUUGGGAAAUUGUUGAUACACCGAAAGUUAUUCGUGAUAUGGCUAGUGGAGAUAAGGGUAAGGGUCACGCAGAGCAAACAAAGUCCAAUACUGGGAAGUGGAAAGAACUUUCUAGGUUGCGACAUGCCAUCCUUGGUGGUGGUAGAUCAAGCGGCACAUCGGCUAGCGCAUCUGUGAGUGCAUCGGGCAGCGCAUCAGCCAGCGCCUCGGGAAGCGCAUCAGCAAGGGCAUCAGCGAGGGCAUCAGGUACUGCCACUGUCAGAGUGCCUACUGGGCCUCACGGCACGAAUGUCACUAGCACCUCUUCCGGAGGGUUUACACGUUCCACUGAUGAGUCCAGGAUGCACGAUGAUGAGAGCAUGGACUUCGACGAGUCGAUAGAGCACGAGAAUGACGAUGCUAUGGACCUUGGAUCGAGCGUAGCAUACUUUGAUCGCUCUGGCAGAAACAUGCCAUUUGGGACCCUCGCAUUGAUGAUAGUGUUAUGUUCCGUGUUUCGCGAUCGAAGGCUAGAAGACGACACACCGACUGGCUCUCAUCUAUUAGGAAUGAGAAGAAAGGAACAGAGAAGGUGCAGCCACUUGUACCGUAAUCGUGGAAGGAGUAUUGGAAGUCACCAAAGUUCUUGGCAUCCUCCAAGCAAAACAAGAAAAAUCGGCGUGGCGGUGACGAGAAUGCCCAUGCUAGCGCCACGCACACCGGUGGUCCAUUGUCUUUUCGCAAGACUCGAGCGCGCCUUGAUUUCUGAGCUUUGCUAUGUAUGUGUGCAAAAUUGAAAAACAGCAGCUUCCUGGUUGUAACCUGUCAAAUUGGCGACGGAAUUGGCGACGGAAUCGCAUUUCCGUCGCUAUAUGGUCAAAAUGCAUAUUUUCCGUCGUGAGUUCCGUCGCUUAUUUCCGUCGCCACUUCCAUCGUAGACUAGCGACGGAAUCAAAAAUCCGUCGUCACAUUUACUACUAACGAAAAAUUAACGACGGAAUAGAUUCCGUCGUUAUUUUCGUCGUUACGACGAUUACCUACGGAAAUAAGGCUUUGGCAACGGA